UUUCAAAAAAGCAAGCGUAAGCUUUGCUUUUCCUUUUUUUUUUCCCAGGGAAAAAAGUGCUUUAUUUAGUUUUUCUCUUCCUGAGUCAUUGUUAGUCAACAUUUUAGACAAGUCUAGUGUGCAACAUGAAAAUGUUUUUGCCAUAGAAGAAAACACAUAUCAACAAGAUGCUGCAGUUGUGGCUGCAGCAGCCUUAGAAAUGCAACUUCAGCAGCAACUGAAUCUUGAGAUGGAACAGUGUCACAAUACUACUCAUAACAACAACAGCAUGCAAGAAUUGGUACAUGAACACAAUAAUCAAGGAAUAUCUUGUGAUCAAUCAAAUUGGGGUGAAAUGAGCUUUCCUCCAUACCAAAAUCAAGAAGAUAAUAAUAACUUUCAACAUGUUGCUCAUGACAUACAAAAUGGUCAUCAAUUCACUGCCUGAAGCUCCAUAUAAUCUCCCAACCCCUGAUCUUCUCAACAUGUUUCCUUUGCCUAGAUCAUCAAUUUCCUUUACAAAUACUAAUACAAAUCAAGCUUCAAAUUUAUUAACUUCACUAGGCUUACUAGGUGACAUUAAUAUUCCAGCAACAGCAGAUGGUGCAUCAAAUUCAAAUUCAAGUGCAGUCUAUGAUCCUUCUUUACUUCCAUUAAAUCUACCCCCACAACCCCCUUUACUGAGAGAAUUAUUCCACUCUUUGCCACAUGGCUAUGGCUUGAGAAACUUAAGAAGUACUACUUCUUUCUUUAAUGGGUUGGAGGAGAGAAAUCAGUUAAGUGGUGCUUUGUAUCAAGAUGGAGAAGAAAGGCCUUUUGACAAUGGGAUUUUUGAGUUUUCUGCUGACAUGAAUGGUAUUGCUAAAAAUAGGGAUAUUGGUAAAGAUACAAAACAUUUUGCUACUGAGAGACAGAGGAGGGUGCAUUUGACUGACAAGUACAAAGCUUUGAGGAGUAUGGUACCAAAUCCUAGCAAGAAUGAUAGAGCAUCAAUUGUGAAGGAUGCUAUUGAGUACAUCAAUGAGCUAAAAAGGGAAGUGCAUGAUUUAGAACUUAUGGUGGAGAAGAAGAGAUGUAGUAGAGAUAGGAUUAAGAGGCAAAAGACAGAAGAAGGUGGUAAUUCAAUGGAUGGUAAUGAUUCAAAGCAAAUGGAUGAAGUGGACCAAUCUUACAAUGGAAAUUCAUUAAGGAGUUCAUGGCUGCAGAGGAGGUCCAAGAAUACUGAAGUUGAUGUUCACGUUGUAGACGAUGAAGUUACUAUCAAACUUGUUCAGCAAAAGAGAAUCAAUUGCCUUCUUUUUGCAUCUAAGGUUCUUGAUGACCUUCAACUGGAUCUUCACCAUGUUGCUGGGGGACUUAUUGGUGAUUACUACAGUUUUCUGUUCAACUCCAAGAUUUGUGAAGGAUCUACAGUGUAUGCAAGUGCAAUAGCCAAGAAGCUUAUUGAGGUUGUGGACAUACAGUAUGCAGCAAUUGCACCAACUAAUAGCUGUUAAUUAGUCAGCUCUUUCAUAUGAUUUCUAGAGGGACUUAGAGACAUCAUUAAUAAUGAUCCAGGAGUUUCAGGUUACACAAAUUGGCGCGCUGAUCGGCCAGUGGAUGAUAGUGUUAGUGUUCCUUAGGAGGAAUAACUUUGUUGAAUCCAAGGAAUGAACUGAUCAGGAAUUCAGAAAUAAUUACUGGCUAACUCAAUGUUUAACACUUCUUAAUUUCUAAUAAGACAUAAUAUGCUUUGGCAACAUAAUGUGCUCGGUUUAUCUCUGAGGAUUUCGUUAGUUAGUGUAACCGUAAUACAAAAUACAAACUCCUACACUUACAAUAUCAUAUCUCCAUGGAAUUCUGUUAUCUUUUGGACACAAAAUAUAAAAUACAAUUUCUGCUUGUAUUUCACAUAUAUUUUAACGUUUCAAAAAGAACAUUUUAGGCAAGUCUAAUUAGUUGUAUGCUAACACAGCUUCAGAGCUUAGUGGCUCGGGCUUCUUGGAAUGAGCUUUGGUUUAGCCAGAGUACUUAAAAAAUGAGAACACAAAGUCUUCCAUGUUAUCCUACUCUCCUUCUUUUCUUCUUUUGCAAUGGGGGUGGGUGGGUGGGAGAACAUUUGUAAUGAAAAGUAAUACUGUAGCAUAUUACAAGUGUUCUCCUAGGUCAUAAUAUUUUUAUGAAAAGGUCCAUCGGUAUUUUAUGAUGCUCUCAUG